CAAAUUAUGGAAUCUACUACCACUUUUCUACAAGAAGGAAGAAAUUUUGUCUAUGUUGACUCUUUGGCUGAAGCCAUCUUAAACCAUGAUGCUUCGACUGAUACCUACACUAUUAAGGAUCCUUUCCCAAGCAACAUUAAGAUUCUUGACUGUAGUGCAGGUGGAGGGAAAGAUCAGAAAUUCAAGGAAGAGAGGAUCCCUGGAGCUCAGUUCUUAGAUCUCAAUCAAAAAUUCAUUGAUCCUGAUGGCAAGUACCCAUCUGCCUACCCAACAGAGGCGGUUAUCAAGCAUCGUCUGGGUGAGCUAGGAGUUUCCAAGGAACACGACAUUGUAUGCUAUGUUCAGGAUACAGCUACAAGGUUCUCUACAAGAGCCCUAUUCAUCUUCAAGAGCUUUGGAUUUAAGAGAGUAGCUAUCUUAGCUGGAGGCUUCGAGCAUUGGAAGAGCAAGAACUUCCCUGUAGAUACUUCAGAGCCAGCUGAAGAAGAAAAGACUGAGUUCGAAGGCGACUUGGAGGAUGCUGACUCCCAUCUUGUAACAUACGAAGACGUCAAGGCAAUGGAAGAGGAUACUGAGAACAACCUGAUCAUUGAUGCUAGACCUGCUAAUGAGCAUAAUGGAGAAGUUGAUCCUGCAUAUAAAGAUGCUAAGAGAGGAAAGAUUCCUAACUCCGUCAACAUCCCUUCUACUGAUAUCCUCAAGGAGGAUGGAUCCUUUAAAGAUGUAGAGGAGCUUAAAGAGAUCUUUGAUAAGUCAGGCGUUGACAAAAAGAGAAAGCUUGUGUGCCAUUGCAAUGGAGGAAAUCAGGCAACAAUAGUAGCAGUCGCUCUCCAAGAAGCUGGAUACGAAAAUAUCAAAUUAUACGAUGGAUCUUGGAAUGAAUACGGAUCUAAACUGGAGUAA